AUGUCUAUGUUUAAAACCAUCCAAUUUCAACCUCGCGUAGUGACAUUAUUCACACACAAAUUAGAAUCAUCUCAUGCUCAAAAUCUUCUAACGGCAUUAAAAUCGAACCACAAGAACAAAAUCAACAUUGAAAUAUGCCAGAAAUUCCCUACUAGAGAUCAAUUGGAAUAUUUGGCAAAAAUUGAUAAGCCCGACUUAAUGGAACAGAUUCCUAAGACGGAAUCUCUUUUGAAAAAAGCUGCUGAGGAUCCACUAUUUGGGUCACCAUUGCAGAAAUGUGUCGAGAAUGGGUCUUGGAAUAAACAGACGAGCUUAUGGGUUGACUGGGAAAAAGCUGUAUUAGGCACGACGGUUCAAUCGUUGAAAGAGAAAUGGUUACCAAAAAACUGA